AUGGCCCUUUCUGAAUACUCACAUAAUUCUCAUCAAACCGAAUUCCACGAGAGAACCGAACGCUAUGAGUAUGAUAGCGGAUGGCGCACUGUGCCGAAAGAACGAGUGCCCGAGGAUUGGGUGAUCGAGAACGAGGUCGUCGAUCCACAAGAUGCAAUGCUCAACGAUCGAAUGGCUCCACCACCAGCGCCGCCAAUGGGCGAACGAUAUCAGAGUCGAAAUAAUGAUUCGGGAAUCCCUCUGGCUCCGGGCGCUCCCGAAGUGUUAUCGAGUGGGAAUGGAGAAGUGACAUUGAGAUGGGAAGAGCCACCACAGAGAGCCGAUGAUGGACCCAUUUUGGGAUAUCAAUUGCAACAAAUCUGGAUCAAGCAGGCGCCAUUCAAUUGCGAUUUCGGCGGCUGGGCGAAGGGGGUUUCGGCCCUCCGUCAGCCGCAUCAAAUCCCGUUCAUCCGACGCUCAAUAUCGGUGGUGCACAUGGCUCCAUCCGGCCGUGGUGUUCCCGUGAAACCGGAGGCUCCAGAAUAUCUAGAAGUUGAUGGAGAUCGGGAUCCGUUUAUGCUGGCACCGGCGAGACUCCGAACUCUACCUGUGCUAGGG